AUGAGAGACUCAUCUGUCGAUGUAGUUCUUGGAUCACCGUGGAUCGCAGCACCUAAUAACGUUCUGAAAGAUAAAAGAGGUUUUGGUACAUUCUUAGAAAAUAUUGUGAUUAAAUUGAAUUCUUCAUGCCUGAGAGAUAUGACAAAAGCAAAAGAAUUUGUGUUGGUGGUGGAAAUGAAAAUGGAGGUGAAAACAUACAACAAUGUCGUCCUCAUAGUAUUUACUAUAGAGGUUCAAAAAAAAAAAAAUGGAGGUGAAAAGGAUAAAACAAUGGACAAUAGUAAAGGAGAAAUUGGUAAUAAAAGGGUGGUUAAGAAAAUGAACAUUGAUGAAACAAAUCAAACCGAUAUGGUGGAACGUAACGAACAAACGAUAAAGGAAUUAAAAAUUCCCGUAUUGAAUAAUAAACCGGCCGAAAGAACGGUUCCAUCGAUGGAAUGCUCUGUGAAGUCGUUAAAAAGGGAUGUCAAACGUGGCAUCGACCGAGUACAACAUAUGAAUGUGAGACCUAGUGUGAUGAAAAAAUUGUAA